AUGUCUGAGAGUUUCAAACUUGGUGAUCUUGUGUGGGCCAAGAUGAAGGGAUUCAGCCCUUGGCCCGGCCGGGUAGCCAUUCCUACUCCGGAGCUUAAGCCUCCCAAGAAGGCCACAAACGCCCAAUGUAUCUACUUCUUCGGCACCAACAACUAUGCUUGGAUCGAAGACAACAACAUCAAGCCGUACCAGGAGUUCAAGGAGCAGCUCAUCAAGUCCUGCAAGACUGCUGCCUUUAAGGAGGCAGUCAACCAGAUUGAGGAGUUCAUUGUUAACCCGGAGAAAUUCGGUGAUCUGGACGACCAUGCUCGCAAUGCUGAGGAGGAGUUUGACAAGUUGAAGGAUGUGCUGGAGGAAGAUGAGAACCAGGAGGAGAAACCAGCUGAUGAGGAGGUGGCCGGACCUGCCUCUGAACCCACAACUUCUAAAAAGAAGAGUGCUACACCUAAGAUACGUUUGGGCAUUUCUAAGGUGAAGCCUAUUAAACGGUCGUCGUCUGCCGGGACCAAGUCGACGCCCCGCAAGAAGAGCAAGGGAAUGUCUCGCUCCUACACGGACAUCGAUGCAGCCAAUGAGAAGCCCUCGAUGCUGAACCAUUCUUUCUCCAAGAAGUCCAGCCUGCUUCAUCGUCCUUCUAACAUUCUGCGUCCUGAUACUCCACCACUGGACUUGGAGAACGUGUCAGAGACUCUGCUGGAGAAGAACAUCCAAGCCAGCCAAAUGAAGUUUGGGUUCCUUGGCCUGGGCAUCAUGGGCAGCGGAGUGGUGAAGAACCUGCUCAACUCUGGACAUAAGGUGGUCAUCUGGAACAGAACUGCUGCCAAGUGUAAAGACUUCGAGAAGGUGGGAGCGACGCUGGCGACGACACCAUGUGAUGUGGUGGAGGAGGCAGACAUCACCUUCUCAUGUGUCGCAGACCCUCAGGCAGCUAAAGAGAUGGUGUUCGGUAACUGUGGCGUACUGCACUGUCCGUCCCUGGAGUCUAAAGGCUACGUGGAGAUGACGUCGAUAGACUCCGACACGUCACACGACAUCGUCGAGGCUAUCAGCGGGAAGGGAGGCCGAUAUUUAGAAGCACAGAUCCAAGGCUCAAAGACGCAAGCAGAGGAAGGCACGCUGAUCAUCCUGGCAGCGGGCGACCGGUCGCUGUUCGACGACUGCCAGUCGUGCUUCAAGGCGAUGAGCAAGAACUCCUUUUACCUUGGUAGCGAUAUCGGCAACGCGUCGAAGAUGAACUCCGUGCUGCAAGUAGUGGGCGGCGUGUCGCUGGCGGCGCUGGCCGAGGGCCUGGCGCUGGCCGACCGCGCCGGCCUCAACCAGGCCGACCUCCUCGACGUACUCGCACUCACGCCGCUCGCCUCGCCACACCUCAUACUCAAGGGACGAGCGAUGAUAGAAUCGUCGUACUCGACCCACCAGCCCCUGAUGCACAUGCAGAAGGACCUGAAGCUGGCGCUGGGGCUGGGCGACACGCUGGAGCAGUCGCUGCCGCUGACGGCCACCACCAACGAGAUCUUCAAGCACGCCAAGCGGCUCGGGUACGCCAACCACGACGUCGCCGCCGUCUACAUCCGCGCGCGCUUCUGA